AUGCUCUCUCGAUUCGCCAGAAUUGGCAGCAUGGGCAUCCGCCCCGUCGCAGCAGCCCGUGCUACCUUUGUGACCUCCGCCCGAGCCGCCCAGGCCGCCCCCUCUUGGGAGAACAUCAAGGACAUCCGACUCGACCCCAAGGUCCAUGUUGACGAGGUUUACGAGCCCAUCGUCAACCCCGCAGACCGAUACCUCCAGCACGUGUCGGACCUCCACCAGUACGCCAAAUACAUCAUGGCUGCUCUGCCCAAGUACAUCCAGGGCUUUUCUGUGUGGAAGGACGAGCUGACUCUGCACGUUGCACCAAGCGCUGUCAUUCCCGUCACUACCUUCCUGCGAGACAACACCUCGACUCAGUACAAGUCCAUCAUCGAUAUUACCGCCGUGGACUACCCCUCUCGAGAAAACCGGUUCGAGGUGGUCUACAACUUUCUGUCUGUGCGACACAACUCGCGAAUCCGACUUAAGACAUACGCUACCGAGGUGACCCCCGUCCCCAGUAUCACCUGCCUGUACGAGGGCGCCAACUGGUUCGAGCGAGAGGCCUACGAUAUGUACGGAGUCUUCUUUGAGGGCCACCCCGAUCUGCGACGAAUCAUGACCGACUACGGUUUUGAGGGCCACCCUCUGCGAAAGGACUUCCCUCUCACCGGAUACACUGAGGUCCGAUGGGACGAGGAGAAGCGACGAGUGGUUUACGAGCCCCUGGAGCUUACCCAGGCCUUCCGAAACUUCUCUGCCGGCUCCACCGCUUGGGAGCCUGUUGGACCCGGUCGAGACGACCGACCCGACUCUUUCAAGCUCCCCACCCCCAAGCCCGAGGAGAAGGAAGGCGACAAGAAGUAG